CAGCUUGAGACGUAAGGUGUCAGCAGUGAAGACAUGAGAGUGUUGGAGUUAGUGGCUGUAGUUGUUACCGCUAAUGUCUGCUGUCUUCUCGCCUUCCCUUUACUACCCAGAGUUUAUCAGUGAGAGCAGCGAGGAUGAACACUACGGUGCUGAGGAAAGUGUUGACUGGGAAUGGUGGACAAGCUCACUGCAAGACAUUGAUGACACGGAGCUCAAGUUUAUUGGCAACGAUAUAAGGGAUGCUAUUAUCCAGAUCUUAGACGACAUUAGACAGGACAUGGUGACGGGUUUCCCGGAGCUGGGUAUUCCAGUGCUUGACCCUCUCAGCAUACCCUUCUUGCCCUUCAACGUCACUUGGGACGCCAACAAUGUGUUGGGGAACUUGAGUGACUCUGAACUCGUGAACUUGGCAACAUUCCAGACAGCAAAGGUGUUGGUAAAUAUGCUGGGGAUGAGCGUGGAUAUCGGCCUGCUCCUGGACAACCUGUUACUGCAUGGAUAUUACUUCAUGGAUGGUCAUGCACUCGAUUUCGAUGUUUUUGGAGAUGGGAAUUACCAGUAA